GUGGGCGAGCCAGCGAGCGGGCCUGGGCGAGUGGGACCCGCCAGGUGGCCGCGGGCGACCCCCCGUCCCCUCCCGCCCGCCAUGCCCUGAGGACCCUGCCAUGGGCACCAGCGGCUCCAAGGCCCGGGGCCUCUGGCCCUUCGCGUCGUCCGCGGGGGGCAGCGGGUCGGAAGCGGCCAACGCGGCCGGCGCGGCCCAGGCCCUCACACGGGCACAGGGCGGCCGGAGCGCGCCCCCCUUCGUGUUCACCCGACGCGGUUCCAUGUAUUUUGAUGAAGAUGGCGACCUUGCACACGAGUUCUACGAGGAGACAAUCGUCACCAAGAACGGCCGCAAGCGCGCCAAGCUGAAGAGAAUCCAUAAGAACCUGGUUCCUCAGGGCAUCGUGCAGCUGGACCACCCCCGCAUCCAUGUGGACUUUCCGGUCAUCAUCUGUGAGGUGUAAGCCUCAGCACCCCCCUCCGGCUCCCUGCCUCUCCCACCCCCAGAGAGCAGCACGUGGGGAACACAGACGCAUGGGCGAGAGGGAGCCAGUGGCCAAUGGGCAAAGGGAGUGGCGUUGGCUAGAGGGGGGCUCCCUCACCCUCCCUGACUUGGACUUGGUGGGCCGGGGCCUCUGCUGCUCCAUUGGUCUGUGUCCCCGGCCUGCAGGAUUGAGGUGUGGCCCAGCCAGGCCCAGUUGAGGGAACUAGGGACUCUUCACAUGGAGCCCAGCCUAGGUCUGGGCCUCCACAAUGAACUCCCUGCUGCUCAGGGCCCCAGUUAGCCCCAGGUCCUUGUCUUCUCCCCCUCCCCGGCCCCCACCAGAGAGUCUAGAAAAAAUGCGGGGCCAGGACCUUCAGGUGGACGUGGGGGUGAGCGAGCUGGGGGUGGCAGGCAGGCGGGGGCUCAGGGCCCCAUCCAAGGCCCCUUGAUUCACUUGUGGGCUCUUCCAGGGUUAGGGGGCUAGUGGGGGGUGCAAUUAUCUAAGAAGGAGGGAUACUGUCCAGGCCUCAGAGUAGAAAGAGGGCAAGGGCUCAGUUGCCCCAUCUUCCAAAGUUCCUAUUCCCUGCCCUUAGGGAGUGUGGU